AUGAGCUCGCCGAAGAAGACCGCCGCUGCAGCAGAGGGGAAGACCUCCGACGGGGCAGAGACUCUCUCUGGCCCCGAGUACUUCGAGCGUCAUGAAGCAAAGCGUGACGCUCUUGCUGCUAAGGCUGCGGCGGGGACAACCCAGCCGGAGAUUGUCCUCGAAGGUUCCUCUGUAGUCAACGACGCCGUUGACUACGGGGACGGUGACGUGGAGAUGGAAGAGGGCGAGUCCUCUUCAAGCAAGCGCAAGGAUUCUAUCGACAGCGAUACGGCAUGCGGGUCGAGACGCCCUCGUGAAGGAGACGACUCGGACGCUUCGAGCUCCCCGUGUGAAGUGGCGACUUCAAGCUCUCCGCGCGCUGCUCAGGCAGCGCGCGAUCCGUGGAUGCCGUCUGCAUCAGAGAUCGCAGACCGUGUGGGCAACACCGUGCCUUCAAAUGAAAUCCCGCUGUACGUAUGCAGCGGCAUCCACGAUGAUGCUGUGGCGGAGGAGCAGCACUUUGAUCCGUUAACGAAUCAAAGGCGCGAUUAUUACAUCGGGCUCUUCCACGAGCUCCGGUACUUCUCCAGCAAGAAGACCUCUUCUCGCAGCAAAGUGCCUGAGUGGCAGGCACUUUGUCAAAGUUGGAAUGCUUUUGUUGAGAACUUCAACAAGAAACCGGCUGCUUACCGCGAGCGGGUUAAGCAUGCCCGUGAACGCUUUGAGACAUUCUCGACGCGCGGGAGGCUGGAGCAGCUCCACGGAUCCUCUGUGGACGCUGGUAUUCCAUGCGCUGUGCCCGAAGGCCAACAGUGCACGUUGUGUCUUCCGGGUGCGGCGCGCUUGAGCGACCGCGACCUAAACGGUCUCAAGGAUCUCCGUACCAAGUUCCUGGCACGCGAGGAACGCGACGAUCGUGGGACUUCGGGCACUGCAGGUGACUACAGUGCUCGCACUACCUUCGCGCCGGUAGUGCGUGGUGAGCUUCGUACGCCCUCACCAUUUCCGGAACGGCCUGCCGCAGGACUUCCCGCGGCUCCCAUGUAUCUUGGUGAAGCGGAAACCCUCUCCAACGAAUACGAUAACGAAUCGGAUGCCGGUUCGUUUUCGGGAUACUAUGGUUCACAAUACGCUCAACAAUCCAGCGUGUUGAGCCGUGGGCGUCGCGGAUCGGAGGCGGCGGUGGUGGGAACAUGCCCCGGGUAUGGUCAACCUGGGGUUGACCUUGGCCGGCCGACUCUCGAGGAGCGGGUCGCUGCAGUGGAGCAGCAUCAGAGCCGCGAGUUCGCCGCUCUGAAGCAGGAGAUUGCGAUCCUGAGGGCUCAAGUCGCUCAGGGUUCGUAG